UACACGAGGUUGUACAAGGAUAAUAAAUAUUGUUUAUAAGAUUUUUGUACCCAACACACAUGUAAAGCAAGAAUCAUUCAAAUACGAGAACAUUUAUAUAGAAAUUACAUGUAAAAAUACCAAGAAUAACAAUAAACAAAUGGACAAUACGCCGAAUAUGAAUUGUCUUAUAAUAGGGAAAAAAUGUAAUGACAAUAAAAGCGUUAAUAAUAUAGAUGUCGAGACUCGAGCAGCGCGUUAUUUUCAUCCACCAGCAUCCAGACAAGUCCCGUGUCUAACGACAGGAUUGGCUAGUAUGAGCUCUCACGGCUAUUGCCGGUCUGUGAUUGGACAGUUUAGACGUCAAUCACAUCGCUGUUCACAACUCCAGCAAACAGUGAUCAGGUCAAGGGCGGGAUUUGUAGGAAUACUGGUGUGAAGAAAAAAAUAACUCGUGCUGGACCCUUGAUUACUCAUUCCGUCCAGGUACAGCGGAAAGCCAACCGACCUGAGGUGCUCCGCUCCUGCUAUUCUUGUGUGCGCGAGCCAGAUUAUCCGUUCAUUUUCUAGAAACGUUAUCGCGCCACUUGCAGCAGCCGCGGCUGUGCAGCCUCAUAGGGAAUUAUAGGAGUAGGAAUAUGUAUUAAAUGAGCGCUCUUGUGUUUCAGUGCACUCGCGGGGGGAAAUGAUGCAUUGAGAAAGAGCUGCUUUGCGGGCGUCUUUUUUUCCGAGCUCCAUUACACUCACCUCGAACGGCAAAGCAUCACAAUGGCUACUCUUUUGCGAAAGAUCGGGCUUAUUCGACUGCACGACCGAGACACGGAGGACCCGAAGCAUCACCACCAGGGCUCAUUAAAAGGGACCAAAGGCAACCAGAAAAACAACAACACGAAGCACUGCAACACCAGCAACGAGACCAACAACAUCCUCAGCACGCCCGAAAUCAAAGCCAGGCGCUUCGACGUGUCCGGCAAGGACAAGCCAGCAGUCAAACAGGACAAACCGAGCAAGGACACGAAAGAGAAGCAGCAAACGGCGGGCAGCAAAGCGACUAGCGGCUCCGUGAUGCCCCCGCCGGCGGCGAACCGACAGCACUGCACCCAGGUGCGGACGCGGAGGCUGAUGAAGGAGCUGCAGGAGAUCCGGCGGCUCGGCGACAACUUCAUCACGGUGGAGCUGGCGGACGAUAACCUGUUUGACUGGAAUGUCAAGCUGCACCAGGUGGACAAGGAUUCCGCGCUGUGGCAGGACAUGAAGGAGACCAACACCGAGUACAUACUGCUGAAUGUCACCUUCCCCGACAAUUUCCCAUUCUCCCCGCCGUUCAUGCGCGUCCUCACGCCGCGGCUGGAGAACGGAUACGUGCUGGACGGCGGCGCGAUCUGCAUGGAGUUAUUAACGCCCCGCGGCUGGUCGAGCGCGUACACCGUCGAGGCCGUGAUGAGGCAGUUCGCUGCCAGUCUGGUGAAAGGACAGGGUCGUAUCUGCAGGAAAGCAGGCAAGUCUAAGAAGGCCUUUAGUCGUAAGGAAGCUGAGGCGACCUUCAAGAGCCUUGUCAAGACCCACGAGAAGUAUGGCUGGGUGUCCCCUCCCGUGUCCGACGGCUGAUGUCAGCAUCUUCGACGGCAAUCCUGACAUGGCUUUUUUUCAGUUGGGUUUUCUUCUUUUUCAUCAUCAAACUUAACUACGAAAAAAAACAAAAGCUAGCGCAUCAUAUCUUACACAUCAACGUGGCACAUUCACCAUCACCCCGUCCUCCACUCUUCUUCAUCGAGGUGCCAUGGACCGAACACUCGCUGCGACAUCACAAUUACUCAUGAGUGGGUGUCACUGCAGCUACAUACAGCUAAGGACUCUGGAUAUGAUUGAGGCUCCAAGCAAAGUUAAAUGUCCACCAAUCCCACAUCCUCACUCAAUAUCCUUGUCUAUCCAUCUGUUUUGCUUCUUUUCUUCACCAUCCAUCCCUCUUUCUUUUUAUAGCUGACAAUGCAUUGCACUGAACAGCAUCAGACUUGCCCCCAUUUACAUGCAAAUGACUUUGUUAACACUUAAUAGAUAAGUAGAUCAUUACACUACAUUUGAGGUUCAGUUUUUCUGGUUUCCUCCUCAUCGGCUGUGCUGUUUUUCACGGUUGGAUGCAACAUGAUGAUUGUAAUUUAUGUAGAGCUGUGCUCUUUCUUUUCCUCUGUAUGCGUGGCAAAAUUUAGACAUCACUGUGUUGCGUAGAUGGUCAUUGAUUUCCAAUGGAGAAAAAAUACUCUAGGGCUUUGUUCAGACAGGCAAAUAUCUGAUUUUUUUAUCUGACUCAAAUUCAAUUGUUUUUUGAAGUCUGAACCUAAAAAAGACAUGAAACCCAGUUUACAAACCCAUAUGUGUUCACAUACAUAUGUGGUUUGAAAUCCAAUCAAUUUUAAGAUCUGAAUAGAUCAUUUUCGCUCACUUUUUCCUCAUAUAGCAUACUAUGUGACUUUCACUGUUACGAAUAGUGAACGAGUACACGAGUCAGCAGUAAAAAUGCCUCUUGUGAGUCCAGCACUCACAAGAUUUCAUGAUAGACAAAAGCAGAGGCAAAAUUCCCAGUUUUUUUUGUCCUCUCUUUCCACACUGACAGCUGCUCUUGGUUGUUAUAUGAGAAAGUCUGGCAUCGUGCUGAUGCUUACAUCAUCACAAUGGCAACCAAUGUAGAUGCACCGGAUAUGGACAAACACCAGAUUUCAUCACUCACAAAACGAGGGACUGUCAGUCCUAAAGACUGGAUUUGAAAAAUUGGAUAGAUUCACAGUGUGAACAAAGCCUUUGUUGCUUAUGCAGAGGUCAAAGAAAAAAAAUGUGAACCACCUCUGUUGGUCAUUCUAUUAUUUGUUUUUGGAGAAGACCAAAAGCUCUUAAUUCUGAUGAUUUAGAUACCAGAUGGCAUUAACGAAUGUCGACGUCCCAAUGGGAUCUCGAUAGAGAGAGGCAUGUGACAGACAUGGUGAUGUUUGCACAUGAGAUGUUGAGUGUUCGUCGUGGCAUCUGUCCCCAUGGAGCACUGAGCGACAGGACAAUGCCGACUGAGCGGACCCAGCCCAAUGUGAGCGACAACAUAAGGAUGUUACUGUAACUUGGCACCUUCACAUGCCGAUGCCACAGCUGAUGCCCCAAACACGAUCAAACAUUAAUUGUGCUGAUUCACUUGUACUAUUUUGGCUCAUCAAUCGAUACACUUGUAGUUGUGGGCCCGAUUCCUCCGCCUUGCACUGACUCUGCAUCACUGUGCUGUGUGCUUGAUCAAUACUAGACUAGAACAACAGUAAACAGGACAAAAUGGCCGACAGCCCAGGAUAUAAGGUCUCAUGACUAUAAACGUCGCUCUCAAACUGCGUAAAUCAACGCACAAUCUCAGUUAUGGCUUCAAACCUGGACUCUGGUAGCUGGUGCUGCUACUGUUGACAAGAGCCAGAUGAAGAAGGACAGAGGUGGAGAGAGAGAGAGAGAGAGAGAGAGACGCUGAGGGGGCGACUCCUUUGUUCAGAAACCUUGAGGAAUGAGGGCGGCUCGUUUAGUUGCCUGAUUGAUGCUCCGAGAGAGCUGCAGCUCGACGCCUUGAUGUUUAUUGACUUCUCCUCCAAAUGUCAGCGUGAAUCCGGAACAGCUCAGACUGCAUCUUGUGAGCGAUGAGAUGUAGAAGAGCUUUGUUUAUUUUAGACCCCACCCCACCCAUGGCGCUCUCCACACGGUGUGUGAAAUACAAAUGACACAAUAGUCGAGAAGGCAAAAUCAUGGGUGUUGUUCACAUAUUGGGUGUAUUAAAGGAAUAAUUCACCCAGAAAUGAAAAUUCUGUCAUUUUCGCAUCUUCAUGUUGUUUCAAACCUGUAUGACGUUCUUUCUUCAGUGAAACACUAAAGGAAAAGUGUGUACUGGCUGCUCUUUUCCAUUAAAUUGUCGAUCUCGAAAAUAGUCUUUCGAAGCCAUACAAUACUUUUAUGUGAGUAAAGGCCUAAAUUUAAGGAAAGAACUUAAAGUCUUGUGCUUCACUGUUUGUCCAUUCAAAUACAGCGCAUUUAAACUCCACGAGUCAAAUUUGAUGUUAGUGAUGUUUUGACGUCAAUAAAAUCAUUUGAAUAUGUGGAAACCCUGUUGAAAAAAACAGCAUAUGCUGGUUAGGUAUGUUUUGAAGCAUGGUAGUUGGUUUGGUAUGCUGGUCCUUAGUUGGUUGUGAGCUGGUUUAAGCUGGUUAUUAGCUGGUCCUGAGCUGGAGCUAGUUCCUUAGGACCAGCACUUGACCAGCUUAAACCAGCUCAUGACCAGCUAAGGACCAACUAAGGACCAGCUCACGACCAACUAAGGACAAGCAUAAACCAGCUCAAACCAGCUGCCAUGCUUCAAAACAUACCUAACCAGCAUAUGCUGUUUUUUUCAACAGGGAAUGCCAAUAAAUACUGUAUGAGAGCUACUGCGAAUGGGAAGAUUAAUACAAGAUCCCACUUAUUAUGGGAUUUUGGAUUUUGUUGGCCACCCAAAGUUAUCAUGCCUUCAGAAGACUAGAAUAUAGCGUACGCAACUGUUGACCAAUAUUAUUAUACUUUAUGGUGAUUUUUUUGUCUUUUUUUGGAGCUUGACAGGGCCCAAUCCACAUCCACUGUCAUUAUAUGGAGAACGACCAUAUAUAAAGAACGACCAUUACAUUCUUCAAAAUGUCUCCUUUUAUGUACCACAGAAGAGUGUUAGUCAUACAGGUUUGGAAUGACAUUUUUGGGUGAAAAAUAUUCCCUUAAAAUGAUGCUUCAAGGUUGGAAAAAUCAUAUUUCCUUGUUGUGAGAUGCCGUUUCAUAUGAUAUUUUGAGGGUAGUCUUCUCCAGACAUGGAAACAGCAUGUGCCAAAUGCUUAAUGUACUUUGUCACCAUUUCCUUGUGUGUUUUCCUGUUUGUAACUGCUGCGCUCUCAGUAGAAAGACUCUCUGCUAUUACUGACGAUUUCAAAUGUCAGAUGAGAAGCUGCUAAUUCAUUUUAAAAAAGGACGAAGACACUGAUGUAUAAAUGAUAAAACUGCAAAUGCUGAUGCCCUGGAGGAUGAAAGCGAAACAACACUGUUGAUCCGUUACUGAUAUUUAUUUCUGUCUAGUAGCUUUUUUUGUUAUUGAUAUUAAGGUUAUCCAAUACAGUGAGUGUCUAGUUCUUCACUCCGAUGGAAAGCACUACAUUUUGCUGUAUACAAUGAUCAUUUUAUCCUGGUCAUCGAAAUUAAAUACAUGUUGAUCACCGGAGAACCUAAUUCAUGUUCGUAUCACUGCAGUGAUUGUAAAAACAUGCGUAAACCCUCAUGGGUGGCUUAUUGCAGAUUUCUGUGUCUGGUCGCAGAUGGUAUCUCUUAUCACUACUGAAGUGCAUUUGGUCUUCUCCAGACUCUGUUUGGACAUUAAGAAGUGGUUGUGUGUUUUCCUAUUUAGCGAGAGGAGAUACUAUACCAAGGACUUAUUAUAACCAGUCAAAAAUAUCGCGAAAUUGGAUGUUUUCCGGUUUAAAGCAUAAUUUUGUGAUAUAGUUUAGAUCAGUAGUUUGCAGAAACUAACUAACAGAGUUAAUCGUCCAAACGAGUGAGAUGAUUCUGUUGUAUUAUAUCUGCAUGUGGUCUGUGAUUGUUAGCUAGCUAACUUGUUUUCUUUUUCUUUUCUUUUUUUCAAAAAAAAGCAAGAAAGUAAUGAAAAAGAGCAGAAGCCGCUUCUUUGUAUUUUUUUUCUCGUUUGUUCAGUUUGUCCUGAUUUUCUUUAUUAAUGUCCUUAAAUGUCAAAUUGUGUUCUAUGAAUGUGUUUUAAUUUAUUUGUAGUUUGCCAAAAUGAAGAUUUUGAAGCAUGUUGCAGGCAUUGUCACUGAUGAUAAAAAAGAGAAAGAAAAAUAAAUGAAAAAAUAUAAUAUAUGUACCUGAAUUGAAAGGAGUCUGGUAUAUGUAGUGAUCUCAGGCUUUCACAGGGUGAAAGGUAAAACUACAAGACAAUGUGUUUUCUGCACUGCAUAAACAUCAUGCCAGGAUGUGGUCAGAGCAAAACCAAACAGGAAUGUGCAAUAAAGGCUGUAGGCUGAUUCCACCCUGGAACAA